UGUUCCGAUUCACCUUUGAAAGGCAAAAGCAGCAGUUGUUCUUUGGUGUGGUAAGUUGAAUUUACAAAUUAGCUUACCUGGUUUGGAGCAGAGCUGAAUGCUCUUCAUAAAAGCUUUUCAUAAAAGCUGCUCUCCAGAGUGAGGGGAGGAUGGCUUACAAAAGGAUGAGAAAGGCUAAUGUAACUGUGAUGGUCUGAGGAUGUAACUGUGAUGGUCUGAGGAUCUAACUGUGGGAAGAGGUGGGGAGAGCUGUAAUGCUUGAGUUGAAGGACACUGGGGAGAGGGGUUGUGUGCCCUAAUGCUUGGUUCUCUCAGCUGCAUUCAUGUAGUAAAAGAUGAUGUUUCCAGCAGCCUCGGUGGCUGGUAAAUGCCAGGUGGUGGCAAACUGGAUUUUUUGGCGUUGUUGUAGUUUCCUAAAGGCAGAGUAUGGGAACCGAGCGGCACUCAAAACCGAGACAUCGCCGGCCUCGGCCUGGGGCCGCGCUGGGGCUGGGCCCGCGCUCGGCCGAGGGCGGGCGGGACCCGCUGCUGCGCGAGAGCCGCCGGGGGGCGGGAAGGGCGCGCGGCUGAGGGCGGCGGGGCGGGCCCGGGGCUGCCGCCGCCAGACCCACAGGUACCUGCCCCGCGCCCAUUUCUCCCCCUCCGCAGAGUCCCCACCCAUCCCAAAGGCAGAAGAAUGUUUUUGCUGUUUCGUCUUUAGACUGUUGGCCUUCCCCCCCCCCCCCCCCAGUCUUUUAUAUGUUCUUUCCUUUUUAUGUUUCUGAUGAUCUGGAGUACUUGUUAAGACUUUUCCUUCAAAGUCUGAUAAUGAGCUGUAAGAUGUGGCUUGCUUGAGUGGGAAGAGGGAUGAGAUGAAUGCUAAAAUAGCACUAGAAGACUUCAAAGGUCUGUUACACUAAACAGUGUUUUUGUGUUUUUCAAAAGUUAGUGGAUGCAACUCAGCUGCUGGCAUGAAUUUUGAUUUCAGUAAAACACCUGGACUUCUCGUGUACAGGAUUUGACUGAGGUUUUAGAAAGGAAAAUUACCUGUGAGACAAGCUGUUUCUGCCCUGGUGUGGCUGUGCAGGGGCAAGUCCAGCAGCCCAGGCCUUGGCUGACGGGAUGACACCGGCCCGGGUGUGAGCUCCCUAACUUCUUCUGUUGAUAUUUCUGGAUGUUCAAGUUCUGUGGACUACUGCUGCUGAACAAGCAGAUUAAGAUACCUGUACUUUUUCUUAAGAGUGUUUUUUUGAGGUUUGACAGGAUGUUAUGAGGUUGUUUUCCACAACUGAUGGGGAAGAGGUUAUCUGUUUUCCUUUAUAUGCAACAUUUGCCAGAAGACGGUUGCAGCAAAUCCUGUUAUUUAUCUUGUCAUCUUUGCCCUACGUAGGCUGGCUUAACAAGAACAGGGAUACAAUCAAAAAUGGAAAAUCAAAAGGUGCAGAAGAAACAGUGUGAUAUGAAAACAGAUUUAAACUUACUGCUUGAAUGCCUUAAAUAUCAGAUGGGCUGCCCUGAAUCUCAGAAAGAGGCUUUGAUCACUAUUUAUUCAAUUUGUCAGCAAAACAGUGAAGCAAGUGAAUAUUUUCGAGAAAUUGGUGGUUUGAUGUUUAUAAAAGAUCUUGCAAAGUCAAGUGUUCAUUGCAUAGUAAAGGAAGCAGCUUUAUUUACAUUAGGAAUUAUAAUAGAAAGUAAUGUUUAUUGUCAACAAACUUUGUGUACUUCUGCAUUGUUUGAAGACCUCAUUUUAUUUUUAAUUAAUACGGAUUCUGGUGUGAACUUGAAAAGGAUGUCUGUUUACGUCAUCUUAGUACUGGUUUCAAAUAACAAAAGUGGGCAAACCUAUGUCAGAGAUACAGGCUGCAUUGGUCUUCUGCUACAGCUAUUCAGAACAACUCUUUCAACAUCUGAGAUGAAUCUGUCAGACGAAAAUACUAAUCAGUGCUAUCAGCUGUGGUCCUCAGUCUGCAGUACCCUCUGUGCCUGUGUUAACAAUCCUCAGAAUGAAGAUAAUCAAAACAUUUGCUGUUCAGUUUUUCCAUAUGCCAAAGAGUGGCUUGAAAGUUGCACAGAGCCUGAGAUAGUUCGUCCUAUUUGUUCAUUUGUUAGUCUCACAGUUGCAAAUAACUCAUAUGUGCAGCAAUAUUUUGUUUCUGUUGGAGGAUUGGAUACAUUAGCUAAAGUUCUCAUCAAGUUUAUGCAUGAUUCUUGUAUGAGUCAUUCAAACACAAAGCUUGCAGUAGUAGUAACAAAGACUCUGGAUGCCUGCAUUGCUAAUGACUCUGCCAUGGGUGUUGUCUUGACAAAGUAUCACACUGUGUCAGAGCUUCUGAAGCUGCUGUCCAAUGACACUUUGGAUACGGGAGAAAAAGUUAGUAUUAUUCUAACAAUCGGACACUGUACUGAAGUUUGCGAAGAAAACCAGUGUGAGCUACUCCAGAACAACGGUCUUCCACUUAUGAUUCAGGUAUUAACAGAGUCUCAGGAUGAGGAACUAAACAAGGCUGCUACUUUUGUGCUGCAAAACUGCAAACAAAUGACUGAAAAAUUGUCCCUAAAAAUAAACAAUAAUUCAGUAGACAUGAAGAAUGCGGAAGAGUUGGAUGUGCAAGUCAGAAAAAGAAAUCUACAAGACUACUGGAAGAAAGCAAAAGAAAUUUUACAGAAAAUAAACUUAAUUGAAAAACAACAUUAUGAGGAAAGAGUACAAGGAGGCGGAUUUGUAGAGAGAUCUUCAGAAGCCGAAACUGAAGCAUCAAAAUACCAUGAAAUGAAUCCUGCUGAUCGAAAAACUCGUAUAGAGAGAACACAUAUGGUACAUUGUUCACAGCUGACCUCUAAAUCUGAUGAUCAGGUUCUCGCUCCAUUUGUAAAUUCUUCUCCACUGAAAAAUGAAAUAGUCCACUCUACGGAUCCAGUAAAUGCUUCUACUACACAAAGUGAACAGAAUCAUAUUCCAUGUUCAGUUAAUCAACUGCAAACAGACAGUGUACUUCCAAGUCACAGUAUAAAUGAAAAAACUGCUUGUGUAAAGAAUCAGUCUAUUCUUCAAGUAAGUGAACACUUAUUUAAACAACCAGCAAAGACUGAUAGAAAUAAGAAACAGACAUGCACAUCAGAUCAACAUUCAUUCUACUCGGAGAUAACCAAGGAAGAAAAAAGUACUUCAGCUACUUCUGCAUGCUAUAAAAUGACAGAUUUAAGGUGUUUAGGUUGUACAGCAGGAGGACUGUCUUUCAAUAGUAGAACCUUUACCAAGAUGUUGCAAAGUGGUCUGUACCAGUGUGACCGUCACACAGUCAUUCUUGAGGCUGAAGAAAGAUAUAAAAAGGAACUUCGCAAACUGGCUGUUUGUAACAAUAGUAGAUAUGCAACUUAUGACAAAAUUCUGCUGACCCCAGUGAAGAAAGAAAGACCGCAUACAGAAAUACCAACUCUUGGGAGCAAAAAGGAUAGUUUCCAAAGUAUUGUUUUGACUCCAAUCAGAAAAAACAAAUCUAAUACUUCAAAUAGAGGUGAACAUAGUAGAAAUACUAGACUGACUGAUGACCAUAACUUGGUACCUUUGUAUAAAAAGUCUUUCAAAAAACCCCAAGAUGCUAACUUGAAGAGACAAAGAGUCAAAGGAAUGUGCAACCAGGAAUGUCAGCGCUUAAAAGAAAAUUGCAUAUAUUCACUUGACAAAGAUGAGCAAAAUAAAUAAUUGCAGAAUGAUGAAAUAUGUUCCCUGGACAUGAACACAAACACUUUAAACAAGAGAGGAAGAACCCGAAAAGAUUUUACCACUGAAGAAAUUAACUGUCUUUUGAAUGGAGUUAAAAAAAUGGGCAAUCACUGGAAUUCAAUUUUGUGGUCUUAUCCAUUUCAGAAAGGAAGGACAAGUGUUGAUCUUUCCAAGAAAUACUACAGGUUACAGUUGCAAAGACAAAAAGCCAAAGAUCAUCAAUAACAUCUUGCAAGACUAUUUUGGGUUGCAGAAUGUUGAAUAACAGCAUUUUUAACAGUGAGGUAUUGUCACAGCAUGAGCCCUUGGAGAAUUUAGAUUGGCUUGGACUCAUGUUUUUCAGUGAUAACAUUCAGUGACAGUGUUGUUAUGCUGUGUGAAUUAAAAUUACAUACAAUUUGAUAUGUUUAAAUAUAAUGCUAGCAUAGCUAAUGAUCUUUAUUAGUGAAAUUUAUGGUUUGCUUUUUUUUAGCUUAGUUUAACAGUCUUGAACAUUUGAUUUAUGUAACAUUUGACUUGGAUUUUUGUUUGCAUCUUUUUAUAGUUUGCUUUAUACCAUUUGUAAGAAAAGGCUAUAUUGCUGAAAUGAAUCUUUUAUGUCAGAAACCAGUGUUAAUGUUGUGUCUGAAUUUCUUUCCUCUUAAUCAGUGAAAUGUUUAAAGCAGGUAAGAUAUUUUGUCAUGUGUUUAAUGUGCUGUAUGUGCAGAAAAUAUGACAGAAAGCACCAAAUGUAUGGAUAAACACUGCUGGGUAGAGUAAGCAAAUCUUAUGUUGGUACAGUGUGUAAAUGGAAGUAGAAAGCUUGUGGAAAUGUCAGAAUUCUGGGUGGAUGAGUUAGUGUGUGGUUCAGUUGCAAUAUUUCUUGACUGAUCUUAAUGACUGGGAAUAACAUUCCUGGACUUACAUAAAAUAUAUACUUCAGUGUUGAACUAAAUAGAAUGCAGGACUGGUAAAAUUUGGCUUCUUGUUACAGUUGGACAUUUUUUUGUGUAUUAUUCAAGGAAGUGAGCAGAACCAUUUCUGCUAAUUACACAGUUUUUAUAAAAAGCUUUAGUGAAAGCCUUAGUAACUUGAUUUUUC